GAUUGGCGCUCAAGCUGCGAGCUUUGUUAGUCGUGUGUGUUGCCGGUUAGUUUCGCAAUUACUGUUUAAAACAUUAUUAAGUUUUAUUAAAAACUGACAUUGUAUUCAAAUUGUGUGUACACGGAUUUGUAGCAGUUUCGCGUCAGUAAACAGCUAUUCAGGAUGUGGGUUUUCGAAAACUGCUGCUUCUGCAUAGAUCUAAGGACGGGAUGUUUUAUAAUCGCUUAUCUACAAAUGGUGGGCGAGAUUAUCAUCACCACUAUGUCGUUCCUUGGCAUUGGAACUGCGCAAGUGUUGAUAAACAGCUCUGAUCCGGACAAUAGAGCGAUUGGUCUCGCUCUCAUGGUUGUCUGCGUGAUAACCUUACUCUUCGUUGUUGUAUUUUUGGCCUUCACGAUCGUCUUAUUGGUCGGACUCCAUAAGAACAAGCCGGGCCAUGUCAAGCUAUUCCUGAUCUAUUCCGUUGUAUUCAUGGUGUUUUACAUCGUGAGUGUGAUAGUUAAUAUAGCUAUGACUGGACCACCAGCCCUGAACAUUGUGUCGAGUGUGUUUUAUAUACUUUUGGACAUCUACUUUUUACUCGUCCUUCGAAGCUACUGGGUCAAGAUGGGCAGCGGUAACGCCCUCUACGGGACUGCUUAGAAAACAUCUACGUUUUCUCUUUCACAUUAUAAAGCUGUAAUUUUACAAACGCAAAUGUACACCGGUUUAAAUGUCGCCAUACAGUUUUAAAAAUAUUAUAGAUUUAUUAUCAAAGGGACAAUAUGGAUAGCGGCAGCGCCGUCUUCCGGAGCACUUUAAAACUUCCAACGUUUUGUCUUUCCUAUUACUGUAUUUUACAAACACAAAUGUACCGACGCCGAUUUUCUUAAACGAUUUUCUUAAAUGUUGUCAUAGAGUUUAAGGUAUAUUGUUAAGUGUAUUAAUAGCUUUUAUAUAAAAAGAACAAGAAAAUUUUUAGCAUUUUAAAAACUUACAUUCUGUUGUUAUAAAGCAUUUAGUAAUUAUAAAGUAAUCAACGUUUUGAAAAAAGGCCACGUACACAUCAGUGCCAUCUAUUUAAAAAUAUUGGCAGUAAGAAUUAUGUCCGCCAUAUUUUAGGGAGUGUCUUUGUAUAUGCUUGAACGUUGCUUAAAAAGUCGUUCGAAAAAGAAGAAAAAAUAUCAGCAAAUGUCAUUAUUUUGUAAUUGUAUUCAACUUUUUAUAAUAAAGUACAAGUUAUAUGUAAGUGCCAUCUGUUUAAAAAUAUUGGUGGUAAAAAAAAUAUGGCUGCCAUCUUUUAAAGAGCGUCUUUGUCUUUGUAUUAUACCUGAAAGUUGCACCUAGAUAUUG